AGAACCUCAGAGAAACGAUCCAAUUGCUCCAGGAGUGAGUCCAUGGGGCGCUGCAGGGCCUUACUUCCGUCUUCACCGUGGCGACGGAGACUCUGCGUGCUGAUUGGUGCGUCGGCCAAAUGAUACGCCUCUCUGCAAUGCUAUUGGGUAAAAUGCCUGUCAAUCUCACAGCGGCCUUAUCCCGGGUACCUGGAAUCCGGGAAAUUUAAGCCUGAGCAAAGGCCUGUAUUUCACCAUGGAUGUUGAGAGGAUUUUUAAGCAAGGAAGAUUGAAUGAAGGGCUAGGACUGGAGAAUUACCGGAUCCACGUGGGAGAUGCUGCUGCUGCUAUUUACGGAGGUCUCCGUGCUUCCUUUCGCUUUAGAAAAAAAUCUCUAGUAGAAAUUUCCUGAGUUUUGCGUAUUACAAGUGGAUAAAUAAUGUGCACUGCUCUGAGCCCAAAGGUACGCAGUGGACCUGGCCUUUCUGAUAUGCAUCAGUAUAGCCAGUGGCUGGCCAGCAGACAUGAAGCUAAUUUGCUGCCGAUGAAAGAAGAUCUGGCCUUGUGGUUAACCAAUCUGUUAGGGAAGGAAAUUACGGCAGAGACUUUUAUGGAGAAGUUGGAUAAUGGUGCCUUGCUCUGUCAACUUGCAGAAACUGUGCAGGAGAAAUUCAAAGAGAGCAUGGACACUACCAAGCCCAUCAAGAAUCUACCCUUGAAGAAGAUUCCAUGCAAAGCCAGUGCACCCUCAGGCUCCUUUUUUGCCAGAGACAAUACAGCAAAUUUCUUAUCCUGGUGCCGAGAUUUAGGAGUAGAUGAAACAUGUCUAUUUGAAUCGGAAGGUUUGGUCCUCCACAAGCAACCCAGAGAAGUGUGUCUCUGUUUGCUAGAGCUUGGCCGGAUUGCAGCCAGGUAUGGUGUGGAGCCUCCUGGUUUGAUAAAAUUGGAAAAAGAGAUAGAACAAGAAGAAACACUCUCUGCCCCUUCUCCUUCACCUUCUCCUUCAUCAAAGUCUUCUGGAAAAAAGAGUACAGGAAACUUAUUGGAUGAUGCAGUGAAGCGGAUUUCUGAAGAUCCUCCUUGCAAAUGCCCAAGCAAGUUCUGCGUGGAGAGGCUUUCUCAAGGAAGAUACCGCGUCGGAGAGAAGAUCCUUUUUAUUAGGUUCCUCAGUAAAUCAUGGAAUCUUGCUUGGUUCUGGACCCAGAAGGUACCUUCAUCAUCUAACUGUCAAGACUUUUAGUGAAGAAACCUUACUGAUUCAUUUCAAAUUUUUAUUCACUAGAAUGGUGUGUUCCACUUAUAGUAGUAGUAACAUUUUCAUUUGAAGCUUGGUUGUAUGUUGUUUAGGAUAUAUUCUGUCAUUUCCUGCCAUCUUGUUAGAGGCAUACUAAGACCUUGAGGAGAUUCCUUAUGUAGAUUUGGGGAGGAACAAGAUAUAAGAAUUUGGGUUUAAUAUUAACAUUAGGAUAUGUACUCGAUUUGUUUUACUCUAAUGAAAGUCCUAAUGUUACCAAAAAAAUAAAUAAAUCACAGUGAGUUAUUUAGAGAUAUUUACCCCAUUUCCCUAAAAGAACACCAGCAAGAAAUCACUACAUUAUAUGACUUUUCUCCUAGCUGUAGCUUUCUCUCACUUUCAUUUCCUUUUAUAUACCAGCUUCUCUUGCCAACUUCUAAUCUUCCUUCACGGUUCUCACACCUUGUCCUUCCAGCACUCUUGGCUGUUAUGGAGAAGUGCCUUCUCUCUUGCCCAGAGGUUUUAUAAUCUAGCUUGUAUUACAGACAUCACAUUUUAGGGGGCUAUAAACUCCAUGGAAAAAUUAUAAUUAUUUGAAAUAUCACCAUGUAAAGGACUUUCUCAUGCCUUCUCUUUUUUAACUAGCUCUACAAUUUUUUUUUUCAUUUUCACAGAAACUGACACCUGAGUUAAGUCUCUAACUUUCACUCUAAACAUGGUCAUUUGUUCAUAUUUUUCUUGAAACCCAGCCCCAUAAAGUAUGUGGGGCAGAGAUAAUUGGAUAGUACCUCCAAGGCCUCAUUUGAAGGCAGGUAAAGGGCAGACCUGGAAUUUCAAAUUCUCUUCUAACUUUGGCAUUAGGCAUAAUGUCCCUAAGGACUCCAUUCUAAAUUGCAACAUCCAGAUAAAUAGUAACGCAGUAAUUUGUCAUCAUCCACCAAUGUGUAAGCCAAUGAUAAUGUUACCCAUCUGGUACUCUUCUUUUGAUAAUCAUGGUCUUUUGAAGUUCUCGAUUAAUAGAGAAAUUAUGAAAACAUAUGGCACACAGAGCUUUAGGGGUGUUAUUGGCCUGUCCACCUAAAGCUAAAGUAGGCUUCAGCCUUGCACAGAGGCACUUUGGACCACAAUGAAAAUAUCACAAAAUCCUGCUCCCAUGGUGAUAUUUACAAAGUAUCUUUCUACCUUCUUCUAAUUUCCCUAUCAACCUGCAACCAACAUGAAAAGGAGUCGAAAGUGUUCUCAGAUGCCAAGAGAGGAAUGAGCUCUUAUCCAGUCUUGGGCAGCUCAUCUAUCUCCUGUAUUUAUUCAACAUCGUAUAACAAAAAGAAAUCCCACAAUGAGCUGGCAGCAAGGAUUGAGUGGGAUCUUUCUUCAUGUACAACAUCCAUAGAUCUGAUGGAUAACACACACACACACACACACACACACACACAUAUAUGGUAGAGAUGAAAUAUUCUAAGGACAAAACGGAAGAUAACCUUGAAUAGUAAGUUACAGCCAUAAUAACAUCUAAUCAUGGAAGGGAAAUUAAUGUUUCCCAAGGAUAACUUUACUUUGAAACCCUGAUGCUUAGGCAGAGAAUCUGGGACGUGUCCUUCAAUUAUAACUGAAGGGCUUUCAACCAAUCACCUUUCAGAUAAACUGGGCAUCUCCUGGUGAAUAUGUGACCAUUGUGAGAUUUCUAAUCUGCAUAAAUACACUACCUACGUACAUUUUAAAUUUCAACAGAAGGAAGUAUUAAUAUACUCACAUGUCACACAAUUUUUUGAGUGGAAAUAUAAUGGUGAAACCUUGAAUAAGUGCAAGAGGUCAAGUAAGUAGGGAAGUCAGAACAAGAUGGCAGGAUAUACACCUAAAAUAGGAAAUUUCAUAGAGAAAAGAAAGACUGCAUUUACAUAACAAUUUUCUCUACAGUUUCAUGAAACCUUCUCUAGAGCCUGGUAUAUUUCAGUUGUGGAAUCGAGACACAGACUUGAUGUCUGUUUUGGGGAAAAAUUAUUUCCUUAUGUGUAUCUCUUGUUGUUAAAGUAAGAAUUCAGCAAGGAACAGGAGACCGAAGGACCCCAAAAAAUGGAUAGUUCUAAACAUUUAUGUUUUAAAGUGUCUACCAAUUCUCAGAUUGUGUAUGCCUUAGUUAUCACUUAAUGUGGAUUAUUAGGCAUUAAAAUUUCCUUUGACUCUAGGAUAUGAAGAAAUGUAAGAAUAGUCAUUAUAACUUGAAAGUAAAGAUUUUCUUUAAUCUUGUCAAAAAAGAUGACAGUUUGCAUUUUCAGGUAACAUUCAUGCGCCUUUCUACUGUUGAGACAGAGAGCAUUUUAUGAACUUCAUAUCUUCUUG